GUUAUGUAAACACAGUACCUUGUGAGAACUGUUGUGUGAACGUCGAAGUUGUUUUCCAGAAUAUUCGUGAGUGUCUUUAAAAACAGCAUCUUUCCCCAGUCUCGUAUCAUUUCCGAUUUCAACAGACACCAGCAACCAUCACUGAGAUUUUCUGCAGGACGAUUACCGUUGUUUUGUUCGAGGAAAUACAAGUGCAGAACGUGAAACCUGAACAUGUCUCUGACAGUCAAGGCGUACCUGAAACGUGGGGAGAACGUCAACAAAGAAAUCCGACGUUUUGCUUUAGAUCAGGGUGUUGCUACUAACUAUGAGUACUUGUCCAGGACAGUUGCUCAUGUUUUCCCUUCCCUUGGACGCCCAGACAACUUUACAUUGGCCUAUAAAGAUGCUGAGGAUGACCUGGUGACUUUCUCCAGUGACGAGGAGCUUGUGGAGGCUCUGGGCCAGAAGAAGGAAGACAUCUUCCGUAUCUACAUCAAAGUUACCCCAGGCCGUGGAGGGAAUAAUUACACUGAUGGAGGUCCAGGGGUUCGUGAGGAGGACAUCUUUCACCCAGGGGUCAUUUGCGACGGUUGCAACUCUUCUGUCCGUGGGCCACGUUUCAAGUGUGUUGAGUGCCCUGACUAUGACCUGUGUAAAGUCUGUGAGGAGAAGGGCCUCCAUGAGCAGCACCAGUUUGUCAAAUUCCGCCGGCCACAGAUAGGCCGCUCCAGAUGGGGGGGUUUUGGUUGCCAUCCUGGCAUGUGGCGUUCAUUUGGCCACCCUGGCUGGCGUCACUGGUGGGCACAGCAGCAGCAGCAACAGCAGCAGAGUGGGUGUGGCCAGGACAAUCCUCGGAAUCCAGAGGGAGCGUCUCCGAACCCUGAGGGGAACGGCCAGGCCGGACCUUCCCAAGAGGGCCAGGAAAACUUCAACCCAGUCAGCUUUCUUCACAAUAUCGGCCAGAGCGUGGCUCAAAUGUUGGAUCCUCUUGGCAUUGAUGUUGAUAUAGAUGUGGAGCAUGGUGGUCAACGGCGCAAUUGUAGUGGUGAUGGACGCGGUGGUGGUCGCUUCCACACCUGGGGCAAAGGGCACGGACACAAGCAUGGUGGCCAUGGCAAGUGCAAGAAAGGUCACAAGGGCAAAUGGAAGAACAGCGAGGAGGGGGAGGAGGCUGGGGCUGCUGAUGCCAAGACUGACAGUGGUGCUGUACCUCCAGACAGCCAGAAAGCUGACAAGGAACCCGACACCAUGGAAACUGUUGGGAAUCGUCAAGAAGAGCCCGACUGGACCCUGCUGGAUGAAUCCAGUUCUAGCCAGUCAGAACCAUCUGCGCCAGCCUGGGCCAGUACCAGCCAAGCUGCUGAUGCUACAGACCAGGCUGUGGAUUCUGAAGCUCAAAAACUGCAAGCUCUGCACAUCAGCACUCAUCCAGAUGAUCGUAUUGCCUCUGCCCUGAGCUACAUGAAAGCCAUGGGAUACACUGAUGAGGGUGGCUGGUUGACUCGUCUGCUGGAGACUAAGGGAGGUGAUAUCAAUCGUGCUCUGGAUGCCAUCAAGUUUGGCCAACAGCAGCAGAAGUAACCAUGUGAUCCUCGGAACGAAAUGAAAGCAUUCAGUGUUUGACACCAGAUAACAUGAUUGAAUCAUUUCUGUAGUGAAACAUUCAUGAGUACCCUCUCCUCAACCAAAAUACAAACUUGUCUAGCACUGUUUGUGUUCAAUCUCUCUGUGAGUGGAAAGAUAGCCCUUGAUGUUUCAACAAUCAUUUAUAUAAUAUAGUGUUUGCAGAGGACUUUGAACUUUCUUUCAGCAAUGCCAAAAACUCCAGUUUUUAAUUAAAAGGGAAUGCUCAUUCCACUGCAUCAAAAUUAGGUGCUUUCAAAUAAAUAAAUUCAUAUGUAUUUCCAUAAGAGCACUAGAUGUACCGGGGCUUCUCCAAAUCGGACAUUAAGGCAAAUAUUCUGAAUGCUGUAAAAAGUUCUGAUUGCUGAGUUUCGAAAUUCCCUCAGCAGAAUAUUAGUGAUACCCAAUACAUUUUGAAUUCACUUAAUGUUUGUUUGGUGUUAAACUGAUUGACAAAUAUGAUUGGAUCAAGCAGAGAGGUGUGGCUUUAUGCUGAAUGAGUUUACCUUUGGCUGGUCUGGGUAUGCAUUAUCCUCUCUGCUUUCAUUUAAUUUCAUCUUGUUAGCAUAGAUGUAUUUGCAGCUUAUUUUUACUAACGUCUUGCUGUUUUUAGAAUGAGUAAAUAAUAGCCAUAUAUAUACAAAUGUAACUGACAAGCAAACACAUGGCUAAGAUGAACUUUUCACAAGAAAACCCAUGGAUGUAGUAGUUGUAGAUACAUGUAUUAACAUCUGAUCAUGUACCUUUAAUUAUAAUGCACCUUGCAUGAUAUUAUUUUAGUGAAAUGUUUCUCUGAACUGAAUUAACUGCAGAAAUACACAUUGGAGAAACACUGCAUGUACUGAAUGACCCAGUGAACAUUUAACUUUUGAACCAUUAUGACAGAAGGGCAUAUUUAGCAAGCUGUAACAGUGAGUUCUUUGGGAAAAAUGCCAGACUGACAUUAUGCUGGGCACAUGAAAUGAAUGUAGUCCACAUAAGCAUGUACUGAUUGGGUGAAAGGCUGGGUCACCAAAUUCCCCUAUACUGAAAAAUGAGGUUUACAUGUAAUUCACGGUCACCCAUUGUUGUCCAGUGAAUUAUCUACAGUCUUGAGGCCGGUUCAUACUACAGACAAAUGUGAAAGUGAAGUGAAUUCGACGUCACAAAAGAUUUGCAGCGAAAUUUCACU